UAAUCACGUUUCAUUGGUUUUUAUUUGUGACAAUGUGAAAUGACACCGUCAAUAUUUUAAUGUUUCUAAACAACCGAAUUCACGUGCAUAAGUAGUUGCAGAAUAUCAAUCCACCCAAACCAUGAAUGCCAUAAUAUCCCUCUGCCACUUUUGUGAAGUACACGGCCCCCAGGUUUUGUUUUGUACCCAGCCUCUUCACCCUCUAGAGAGAACAACCUCCACUGACUCAGAUGACACUGUAACAGGAGGGCGUCUUGUCCGCUCAUCAUCUAUCACAAAUGAACCCACUACACCAACCUCAGCCACUCCAAAAAAUGACUUUUGUGGGGGAUGUUCCUCUGUCAAGACAGGAUUUAUAAGCAGAGAUGAAGAUGCUCAAGUAAACUAUAUCAGCAGUAAACAGCCUUACGACAGAGAAGUUUAUAGCAUGAGUCGACAAGCUUGUUUACGGUCACUUACAGGGGAGGUUUGUCCAGGAAAUGAUGGACCAAUUUUCUUUGGAAAUGAUCAGCAGGGGCAUGUUUUGAGUUACACAUUUCACAUAAAUGACAGUCAAGCUAGAGGAUUUAGCCAGCGAUACAGCAUACUAGUGGUCAUGAUGGACAAAAUUUACCUCCUUAAUUCCUGGCCUUUUCUUGUUCCCCAUCUAAAAACUGUCAUAGAACACAUUACAAAGAAAGCUAACAUUGUAUAUGAGAGGGAAAAAGCAAAAAUUCACCAGCACCCCCCACAAACUUCACGAUGGAGUAAACCUGCAAGGUCAUUGAUGGACUUGACUGAUGAUAGAAACAUCUUUAAGAUCCUGCAUUUGUCCUUUGUGUGGAUUCUGAAAGCUUGUGGUAAUCGUAUAACUGAGACUCUGUUAGAAGGACCUCCAACUGAGGACUCCAUCAUAGAUAUGGAAAAACAAGAAGAGACAGAGGAAGGUUUUUGCCUGAUUUUCAGUAAGAAAGUCAAUAUAGAGGAAGUAGAAGAUAGUUCCAGUAAAGAGGUGUCUGAGCGCCUGGAGGUAGAGGAGGGGGAGGAGGAGGGACCCGUCAUAUUAAACAUCAGACAUCUAAUGAAGAUUUUAGGUGAAGAUAAAUUCCAUGUUCUGGCACAUCAUGUUGUUAUUGGCAACCAGAUCAUAGUUCGGAGCUCUCUGAAGUCUGUUGUCAAAUCUCUCCUAAAUGUACUCAAGAGCCUACUUCCAAAGGGAUGCUGUAGAGUGAUUCCAUACAGCCCUGUUUAUGAAGAAUCCUGGAAGUGUAACUUCCUUGGCCUGCCUCCAGAGGUAGAUCUUCCCAUGCACAUCAUGUCAGAUGAGACAUUCGUACUGGUAGAAAUCAGUGAACAGACUUCAACAGACACACAGUCGGGAGAAGAGAAAGAUCUGCUCAACAGGCUUGAUUUCAACAUGGCCAGUCCCAGAACUUUACCAGACAAAGCUCCCAGUGCUUUGUACAAAAUGGAACUUGCCAUUCAGAACAACGAUCUUACAGACACUGUGGUGGAACAUUAUCUCAUCUGUCUCAAGGAAGAAUGGAUGAAUAAAGUGAAAGUUCGAUUCAAGUUCACAAAAGCAGGUGGAAGUAGAUCUGAGGAAGACACAAAGAAACUCCUUCAAGUGAUUGGUGCAAAAGAGGAAGACACACCCCUUUUGAAAUUCUGGAUGCAAGGACUCAGCUUACAAUACAGGAAUCACAUCUUAACAACAUCAAAAUCAUCGCGGUGAUACUAGAUUUGAAAAGCAAGGGGACAUAAUGCUGAUCAAGAUUAGGCAUCAUUGGGCUAUGCUUUACUGUAUCCAUUGUGCCAAACGAUUCCAAUAAAUUGGAUCACAAAAUGUGACAUAAAAACUAUUAAAAAGCAUUUUAAUACCUUAGAUUUUAACUAAGUUGUCAAAUGCAUAUACAUUUCAUUUAAUUUUUUUGCCCUCAUGAAUUAGAAAUGUAAAGCCCAUGCAUGAUUGUAAUGUGCAAUAUCCAUAUACAUUUUGCAAAGUCAGUGAGUUGUUGAUUAUAUGUGUAUUCUUUUACAAUGAUGAAAAUAAAUUGUUUAAAACAG